AUGCGCCUCGCGGUGUUUACAUCACGACUGAUUGACUACAGCCAGGGGACUUCUCUACAGCAGAUUUUUUUUUUUUCACCCGACUCGGAGGUCUCUUCUUUGAACAUUCCUACCAGAUGUUGAUGCUGGGGUGCGGGCACAGGACAUCAUGUACAGAACGGUGAAUCGCUACUCCUCCGUCAACUCCCUCGUGUUCGAUCCCUCGGACGGGAUCAACAACAACUUCAUCUCGGACGCUCACCCUGGAGAGACGACCGCUUACUACCACCGGGCGGACAACGAGGCGCAGGGGGUCUUUCACCCCGCGGUCACCGUGUUCGGCAGGUCGAGGUCUCACGCGACCCUGAGAGACAACGCCAUGUACAAGACUGUGGAUGUCAGCGCCCGCGGGUUCAGAACCGUUGAAAUGGAGGCCGAUUUCUACCGGGCCGUGGAGAUGGAUGCUGAUAUGUUCGGAGCGGCGGAGAUGGACAACGAGACCAUAAACAGUUACAGGGCCCAGCUCGACUUUCGCUACGACGCCGUGACAUCCCCGUUUGACAUGUGCCGUCAUGCCGACGACAUGGCCAUCGUGCAGUGUCAGAGAGAGCGAAACAUCAAUUCCAAGCGCUCGGCCACUGCCCCGAACUCGCCCGGUCCUUACAGGAAGAAGCACGGCGGCAACAACCCGUGGACCACCCGAAGCGCCGCGCCAACCCGAAAGAACUCGAUUCACUUCGAGACCUUGGAAACCCUGAGCAUGUCCGAGCUGUACAAGCACAUCAACGCUGCCAGGGACUCGCGUCUGGUCAACGCGGAACCGACCGAGAGCUUCUCGUCCAGGGCCGGCAGCCUGGACAACCUGGACGACUGCACGUCCGACAGCACCGUGGUGAGCUGCGCGCGUGAAGACCACGUGCCCAACCCGUACGGUCCGCUGGACAAUGACCACCGUGCGGCGGCCGGGGGUGGCACCCUGGGUGCCGACUCCCCCGAGGGCGCCUUUAACUUUGUGAAGCUGUUUCACCGGUGCAGGUUGGAGAGGGACGCCAGCUUCGAGGCGCAGGUGGAGGAGGAGGACGACGACGACGUCCCUGAUACAGGUGCCGACGAAUGUAAGUUGUCCCAUGAAGUACGUCUCAGCCUGGCCUAGUCUCUUUAAUCUAUAGGUUUUUGGAAAAUGGUUGCAUAUAAACACCACACUUUUUAAAUAAACGUGGAGUGGAUUGGGGGUGGAAUAUAUGUUAAACUGAAAGGGCUUGAGGGCAGUAUGAGGGCGGUAGUUAACCCUGUAAAUGACUUGCUCACUAUUUUUUCUAUAGGUGGUGGCGGGGGGGGUGGGAGGGACCGUUUGGUUUGUACCUCAUAUUCAGAGAGGCUUCAUAUUCAGAGAGGGCUUCAUAUUCAAGAUUGGGGGUGGAAUAUAUGUUAAACUGAAAGGGCUUGAGGGCAGUAUGAGGGCGGUAGUUAACCCUGUAAAUGACUUGCUCACUAUUUUUUCUAUAGGUGGUGGCGGGGGGGGGGAGGGACAGUUUGGUUUGUACCUCAUAUUCAGAGAGGCUUCAUAUUCAGAGAGGGCUUCAUAUUCAGAGAGGGCCUCAUAUUCAGAGAGGGCCUCAUAUUCAGAGAGGGCCUCAUAUUCAGAGAGGGUCUCAUAUUCAGAGAGGGUCUCAUAUUGAGAGAGGGCUUCAUAUUCAGAGAGGGUCUCAUAUUCAGAGAGGGUCUCAUAUUCAGAGAGGGUCUCAUAUUCAGAGAGGGUCUCAUAUUCAGAGAGGGUCUCUUAUUGAGAGAGGGCUUCAUAUUCAGAGAGGGCUUCAUAUUCAGAGAGGGCCUCAUAUUCAGAAGGGGCCUCCGAUUGACUCAAUCAUGAUUAUAACGCCAUGUCGUAGCAUCAUUCUAAACAAAUGGCAAACUUAUGCAUGAAGAUGUUGUUUUGUUGAUAGAAUAAAAUGUCUAAUAGUUUUCAAAACGAUAGAGAAUGGCAUUUGAAAAUCCAUCUACGGGGAGUCUUAAAAAGUCAAGUGGCCCCAUAUCUUUCUUUGGACCCCUGUAAGGCGCUCCCUGCCCAAAAUACAGACACAAUCCUCCACAUUCCAGUCGUAAACGGAAAUAUUCUACUGAAUAGUCCGUAUGUUUUUAAGCAUCGUCUAAACCUGUCUAAACCUAAACAGAGUCAGUCAACUAAAUUGUCAGGAUGUUUGUUGACAUCUUCCGGGCCGUACGGAGGCAGUCAACUAUAUUGUCAGGAUGUUUGUUGACAUCUUCCGGGCCGUACGGAGGCAGUCAACUAUAUUGUCAGGAUGUUUGUUGACAUCUUCCGGGCCGUACGGAGGCAGUCAACUAUAUUGUCAGGAUGUUUGUUGACAUCUUCCAAGUGUACAUAAAGGAUACCACACAAUGCAGUCCAAGAAUUAACUCCCGGUGUUAUUUCUAAGCCAAUGAAACACCUGCUUCCGUCGUCCUUAUCUUUGGUCACCUCGACCCUGAACUUGGUGACAGUCGAGAGAUUUAUUGCCGCUUUGAGGAAAAAUGGCGUCAAUAAUGUCGGUGCCGUAGGGUGACUGUGCUUGGGGCGUGUUGAGAUAUAAGUCGAGUGGUGCAGUUGGAUCCCUGGGGGCCUGCUGAGUUUUAAGGGAAGUAAUCAUAAAUAAAGUUGACUAUUGCCAAGGGUAGGGGUGACAUUUUGAGCUAAAUGGGGAUAGAUCGUCAAUUAAGUUGGAUCUGUUUGCAACUAGAUUGAGUGGGGGCAUGUUGAGCUAGAUGGUGAUAAAUCGUAACUAAAGUUGGAUCUGUUUGCAACUGUAUUGAGUGGGGCCAUGUUGAGCUAAAAAAGGUUGAUAUUAUAGCACCAGUCAAAGCUUGCUUUCCGGGGACAGCGGUACCCGGAUGUUUGAAUAUUUACCUUGCUGUCUACCCAACCAUGAUUAGUCUGGUGUCUGGGUGAGUCACGUCAAACGUGGCCUGGUUGCAUUUUUGCACGCCUCAGCAAACCCACAUCAUGGCGCAUUCAGGCAACAGCAAACCCACAACAUGGCGCAUUCAGGCAACAGCAAACCCACAACAUGGUGCAUUCAGGCAACAGCAAACCCACAACAUGGCGCAUUCAGGCAACAGCAAACCCACAACAUGGCGCAUUCAGGCAACAGCAAACCCACAACAUGGCGCAUUCAGGCAACAGCAAACCCACAACAUGGCGCAUUCAGGCUCAUUGAACGUUAUUAAACCCAUUGGUUAUUAUCUAGUCACCGACAAUAUGCAGGGGCGUAGCUAAUAGGGUUAAUGCGGCAAUGAAGGUUGCCGCCUUCCUUCCACGAAAACAAAACAACCCUACAGUGGGCUGACAAUGCCGCCUUUCCAUAGAAAUUUUUAAAAAGUGCUUCCUGGGGCGCACCGUUCCCUCCACACACCCCUCCUACGCCACUGCCAACCUGCAGGCAGCAAUAGUGUCAGGAUCACAUUUAUGUGUAGUUGAUCUUGGCGGUGCCAAGGGGUCAAAGGUUGUGUUGUUUUUUGGUGUUUUUUUUUUGGGGGGGGGGGCCUUCGCGUAUUAAUGGGGGGAAGUCUGGGUUUCAAAAUAAUAGCGGUAAAUUUGUUUGUUCCAUAUACUGUAGGUAGGUAUUUUGAAUGUGAUAUUUUGCUCAGUUAGCUAGCUGCUUUUCACUUUAGCUCCAUGACAACUCCUACGCCACUGCCAACCUGCAGGCAGCAACAGUGUCAGGAUCACAUUUAUGUGUAGUUGAUCUUGGCGGUGCCAAGGGGUGAAAGGUUGUGUUGUUUUUUGGUGUUUUUUUUUUGGGGGGGGGGGCCUUCGCGUAUUAAUGGGAGGAAGUCUGGGUUUCAAAAUAAUAGCGGUAAAUUUGUUUGUUCCAUAUACUGUAGUUAGGUAUUUUGAAUGUGAUAUUUUGCUCAGUUAGCUAGCUGCUGUUCACUUUAGCUCCAUGACAUGAAGAAGAAGAAAAAGGGGUUGGGAGGGUGGUGUUAAAUAAAACAUACAUGUUACCAUUUUUCUGUAUUUUUGUCGUGUUUUAAAAUAAUCUGAUUCAGUUAUUUGUGUUACGUUGGUCUCUUUUGUCAAAGAUGUUGUUCUAAUUAUAUUUAUUGUGACUUCAAUUAUUUUUAUCAACUGCAAAUUUAGUGGGUGUGUCAAAAUGUUUCAAGGCUGUAAAUAAGCUAUUAAGUCCAGGGGUCUCAAACUGGCAACCUGCAAGCUGCGUCCCUCCAAAUUGUAUCACGUGGCAGAGAAACAGAAGCAUGUUACAUGUUUUGAUGAUAUGCUUAAUACUGAUAAUGUAUGGUUGUUUUGCAGCCCUUGGUUCAACUAAUUGCCCUCAUUGUGCCCAUUAGUGCCCAUUGUGUCCUUUCAGUAGUUUGAGCUUGAGGCCUCUGCAUUAGGUUGUACAUAUCUAGUCUGCCUGCAUUUUGUGGCUAGCCUUACUUGAUUACUAACUCAGUAACCACAUCCAAGAGAUUUGUGUUGCACCUACUGUAGUUGAUGGUUUUGUUUUCAAUUAAAUUUGAUUGUUUUUUCAAUAAUAUAUUUGCCAUAAUUAAACUAACUCCUAUUGAAGUUUUGUUUCAAAUCCAUACAUUUGUUGCAUUUAUUGUCUAAUCAAUUAAUAUUUAUUGACUAUAUUUAAUGUUGCUUUUUUUAUAUUAGUUUUUUUUUUUCAAUUCCUAAUCUUAAGAAAAUUAGUUGUAAUGAAAUUGUAAUCACUUACGCACAUUUCUAUUUAGAAAUCGGUUGUAUUAACAUUUAAAUUGAAUUUUAAAUUGCAUAUAAUUAGGAUUAACGCUAUCUAAUAUCAAAAUUAAUUAAUUAAAUAAAAGUGUUUUUUUUUAAUUUUCACAUUUAAUUAAACCAUCAACAAAGCUAUUAAUAGACUGUUAUUAGUUAAAUUAAAAGUAUCUGAGUAUUCUAUUGACAAUCUUUGUAAACAAGGUUCAUGAACUUAUCUGUACCUUGGAGUAAAAUAAAAGAAGAAAACAAUUUUUGACCCAGAAUGAAAUUAUGUGGGGCUGUUGGGAUUUGUUGCUAAAUAUACAACUAGAAUAUGGUCCUAAAUGAUAAUGAAAUUAGAUCAUGUGACUUGUCAUGUGGCCAAGACCUAGAGUAUAGAUAAUUUAUCCUUUUGACACUUGUGAUCGCAAUGGGUUUCCCAACAUGAUAGCAUUGAUAAGCAGGUUGUACGGUGCCACAGUUUUUUUUUACUCUUACAUAAUGUUUAAAAAAAUUAAAAUAAGACUGAAACCAACCAUGGGUAGAAUAUUUUUUUUAAAUUUCUAAAUUCUUAAGUUACCUGUCACUGCUUAAAAGUUAAAAUGGUAUGGACACACAGAGAUUUAAAAAAAAAAAGUAUAAAUAUUUUUAUUCAAAAUGCUUUUGAAAAGAAAAUAGAUUAAUAGUUCUUUUUCUCAAUUUAAAUUAAAAGUAAGUCAGUUUUAAAGCUUUUAUUUUCCUCAGUCGGAUAACUUUUACAUCUUUAACAUCGAGUGAUUGAAAUACUUUUUUUUAAAACUUCUUUCCUCUUUUAAUUGUUUCGUUAUGUGACAAUUUUUAUUCAAGUUUGAGAUUUUUUAAGCAAAUUUAAAUUUCUCUUUGUUGAAAUCUUGACGCUUAAAAUAAACUUUUUUUUCUUUGAAUCUAUUGUAGUCCUCUGUGCAGAAAGAGUGUCGCAGAUGACAAAAACCUACAAUGACAUAGAGGCUGUUACCAGAUUGUUGGAAGAAGUGAGUUGCCCUCUUUGGCAGUAAAUUAAUCAAAUUAAGCCAUGAAAUAUAAAAGUGUUGGAUUGCGAUAAAGCUUUCAAGUAGAUUCAUGAAGCACAAACAAUUUGUGUAGAUAAAACAAAAGAGGUUAAUCUUUAAAUAUGGAUACACAGAAUACAAAUGUAAACAUUUCGGUCAAGGCCUUCAUUGGUACAACAAAAAAAACAUUCGGAUAAGUAUAAAUUAAAUUUACAUAACAUAAAUAUUUGUAUCCUACCUAAAAAUAAGAGAAAAGAAUAAGAAUCCGCACAAGUCACCACGGAAACCUUGUUUCUUUAUAUCUGCCUAAUGUUGUCAUGUUUUGUUUUUUAAUUGGAAUAAAUAAAGACACGAUUCAAAGUAUAAAAAAACACUUCAUCUUAAGAAUUGGGAGAAAAAAUGAUCGUUUUUGUUUCAUCUAAUUUCCAGUCUGCUAUAUUUAAGAAUAUUUGCUCUUGUAUUUACAGAAAGAACGAGACCUUGAGCUAGCAGCAAGAAUCGGCCAAACUCUGCUGUCUAAGAACAAUGAACUCACAACCCGCUCAGAGAUACUUGAAGAACAACUGACACUCGCCAAUGACAGAGUCAACCAGCUCAGACAUGACCUUAGCAUGAAAGAUGAGCUGCUCAGGUUCUACAACGAGGAUCUAGAACUUCAGCAUGGAGCAGACGUCACUCCCAAGUAAGCCCAAUAUCAAUUUGGAAUAAUUGCGCCAUAAUUUUUUUUGUCUUGCUCCACAGUGUAUCAUGUUUUUCAAAAAUAAUAUUCUUGGCCGACGAGAGAAAUUACUUGUUAAGAUUGUUACCAUGACCUGACAAGGGCAAUAAUUUUUAUAAAAAGUAGUCGUUUACAGUAGCACUAAUAAUUGAGGAGGUGACUUGCAAAACCAGAAUAGUCACUUUUUUGAGGAGAAAAAAGUAAACUAUUCUGGCUGGUUUGAUAAGUGUCAAUCUACAGCAUUUUAUGUAUUCAAUGAAUCAAAGCUUACUAUAAGUCUAAAAUGUUACCAUAAAAAAAUAAUAAAAGCCAUAUUUGCAAUAUAAAGUUAAUUUACAAAAAAACAGAUUUUUCUCAAAAUCAACAGGAUGUGACCUAAAAGGUUUUGCAACUGGACUCCACAAUUGAUUACAUAUUUCAUUUUUUUUUUUUGAGUAAAAGAUAACUUUUUAUCGGAUCCAAUUUAUUAACCUUAAUAUUCACCUCACCAGUCGGGUAUCAAUGCUAGUUAUUUGUUAUUUUAGGGUUUCGUGGGGGGAAACAACAAAAUCCCCAAAACAAACAACUAGCUAAGUCUAUGAGAAUUGUUCUUUGCAACCCAGUGUACAUGCUUUGGUGGCCAGGUACCAUGUUGCCAACCCAGUGUACAUGCUUUGGUGGCCAGGUACCAUGUUGCCAACCCAGUGUACAUGCUUUGGUGGCCAGGUACCAUGUUGCCAACCCAGUGUACAUGCUUUGGUGGCCAGGUACCAUGUUGUCAACCCAGUGUACAUGCUUUGGUGGCCAGGUACCAUGUUGCCAACCCAGUGUACAUGCUUUGGUGGCCAGGUACCAUGUUGCCAACCCAGUGUACAUGCUUCGGUGGCCAGGUACCAUGUUGCCAACCAGCAUUUGGUAAAUGCUGCACUAAAUAAAUAGAGUCAAAAUAAAGAGUUGCUUUUUCCCAGAAGUAUAUUUUUUUUUGUAAAGCAACUUGGGUUAUCCAGCGGCGUGGAGAGAGGCGAUUUGCUGUUGGGAACCAGCUUAUAAUCCUUGAAGAAUAAUCCCAGGCCAUGUGGAUUUUGUCCCCUGAAGCCCACUCCAUCGUCACAUUGUGACGGACGGAUGCCAGCUGGGAACCAGCUUAUAAUCCUUGAAGAAUAAUCCCAGGCCAUGUGGAUUUUGUCCCCUGAAGCCCACUCCAUCGUCACAUUGUGACGGACGGAUGCCAGCAAAAAAAAAAUAAAUAAACUGCAAACAGGUUUCACCAUUCAGAUCAUUGGUGUGAAGUGUAGACUUCCCAUUAUCACUGAAAGAUAGACCAAUUGUCUCUCAGUGCCAGUGACAUUAAACAAAAAAUUUCUUAUAUCUAUUCUGCCCAGUGAGAAGCCAGCUUCUGGUGGCAUCAAUGUGGACUUCCUGGAAAAGAAAGUCAAGACAUUGGAAGAUGAAAAUCUUAACUUGCGGCUUGAGGUGAGCUCUCAUGUUUUGAAGUUGCAUAUUGAUAGCAACGGCACUUUCAUUUUGGCAAACUGAUAUAAAGCUCUGAGCUGCCACUAAUAAUUGUUGUAAAAAUAAACCAAAAGGCAGAACUCAUUUGUGUUUUUUGAAAAUUUUGCUUAAGCUUAAACACUGUGAAGCUCUCUGUUGGACUUCCAGAUAAUUGUACUAAUUUCUUGCAGACGGCACAGAUGAAAUCAACAACAGACAGUUUUGAAGAGAAGGAGAAGAGGCUGGUUGAGGACUGUAUUCAACAGUUGGGUGAGUUACUUGGACCAAAGUUACGUGAUCUAAAGAUGCAGUUUUAAGGGAUGUAACUGGCAUAUUUAAAGGGAUGUAACUAGUGUAAAAAUUAAACAGAUUAUUAUAUUUGUUCUGUAAAUUUUGGGAUACACAAAAACAUGUACCUCUAACCGAUGUUAUCAUUAAAUAUUUUAUGUCUUCAUUUCAUCUUGACCUUGGUAUUAUUUUGGUAAUACCGACUUGCUGUUUCAGGUGAAGUCAACCAACAAGUUGAAGCUUUAGCCGAAGAACUCCACCAAAAAUGUGAGGAAAGUGCCCACCAGAAGGAGGAAAUCACCUGCUUUCUGGCACAGAUUGCCGACUUACAGAAAAAAAUCAGGAAGGUACGCCACUGCUCUGACAGUAUUUACCUAAAUUAUGUUUUCGUGUAAGGGGCCACCCGUAAAUGACGUGACAUAUCUAGGUGGCGAAGGUGGUGCUAUAUUGGUGACGAGGGUGUUUCUUGGAAGUGGGGUUUUAAAAAUAUUUCUAACUAGUUUGACAUCAUUUAUGGAUUGCCCCUAAUGGCUUGUUAGCAGUUCUAGAUCAGAGGAACUAUAGUAACUCUAGAUCAGAGGAACUGUAGGAGUUCUAGAUCAGAGAAACAAUAAAAGCUCUAGAUCAAAGGAACAAUAAUAGCUUUAGAUCAGAGGAACAAUAAUAGCUUUAGAUCAGAGGAACAAUAAUAGCUUUAGAUGAGAAGAACAAUAUAGCUUUAGAUCAGAGGAGCAGAAGUGGCUCUACAUAAGGGCGCAAUAUUUGAUGAGCGUUGUGUGUGAUGAUUUCAGUUGACCCUUGACAACAUGGACCUUCAUGAGAAGUUGACAGCAUCAACAGAAUCACAGAGGAGGCUUACAAAGGAGGUAAACAUGUUGUUGUGUAGUUUAAUAUAGAUAGUGGGUCAAUACUGUUAGUGUAGAAUCAAGGGAUUUCUUUUGAUAGUUUUGUGAAAUAAAUUAAAACUUUUGAUUGACCCAUUAAAUAAAAUCUGAUUAAUUGUACUUGAUCGGUGACAAAAUGCAUCUUUUGAUUGAACCAUUAAAUACAUUAUAAUUGCACUUGAUCAGGUACAAAAAUCAUCUUUUAAUUGAGCAUUGUAAUAAAUCUUUUGAAAAAAAAAAAUGAAAGUUAAAAACUAUCACAAUAAAAAAAAAAAUCAUUUUUAUUGACAAAAAUAUCCCAUAUUUUGACAUGUGGAAUGUGAAAUGAAUCAAAUAUUCUGAUUGAACAGUGCAAAAAAAAAAUCAAUUAUAUAUUUACAAGGGCAAUGAAUCUAAUAACAUGUCUUAUCUCCCAGCUGGGCAGUAUGCAAGAUAAGUACGAUGAGCUCCUUGAAAUGCUGGAGGAAGCUCAAGAUGAGCUCAGGGUCAUGAGAAGUAAACACAAGGUGCGGGCCAACGGUCAACACCACCACUCGGCUUUCGCCAUCCCCAAUGAUUCCCUUGCGUCAGAGCUGGAGACCUCAUUACAGCAGGAGCUCUCUCAGUCCAACAGAAGGUGAGACCUCUUGACUUGUGUAACGUGUUCUCAUGAUCUCUCAGUCCAACAGAAGGUGGGACCUCUUGACUUGUGUAACAUGUUCUCAUGUUCUCUCAGUCCAACAGAAGGUGGGACCUCUUGAAUUCUGUAACAUGUUCUCAUGUUCUCUCAGUCCAACAGAAGGUGGGACCUCUUGACUUGUGUAACAUGUUCUCUCAGUCCAACAGAAGGUGGGACCUCUUGACUUAUGUAACAUGUUCUCAUGCUCUCUUAGUCCAACAGAAGGUGGGACCUCUUGACUUAUGUAACAUGUUCUCAUGCUCUCUUAGUCCAACAGAAGGUGGGACCUCUUGACUUGUGUAACAUGUUCUCAUGUUAAUCUCUGUGUUUUAAAUUCAGAGUUUUCCUUCUCUUAGACGAGUUGCCAUCCAAGGUUUAAUAUGUCCCAUCCUCCUGGGGGGCUGGUGGUGUUUAUUUUUUUAAUGUCGAGGCUUUUGCUGGGGAUUAAAGUCCAGUUCCCAAGCUUGGGAUUGGCUUGGUUUGGACCACUCGAUUAAGGACAGGAAUGAUAUUUAUAUAGGUAUGAGCAACUAGAGUGUUUACAUGAUUUUAGACAAAAUGAGUUACAGGGAUGUGAUAUUUUAAAUACAUAAUGCAUUUAUACACACUUAUGUUUAGGCACAUGAGGUAAUAUAUAAGUACUUUCUGAGCCACCAUUUUGAAGCCAAUAUUUUUAAGAGAUUACCCAUGCCCACUGUUGCAACACAAAUAAAGUUACCAGAUGUGUACAUUUCCCAAUGUGUCCAGGGCGCAGAGUUGGAAAGUGUUUGAGACAGCAAGGGCAGCUAAGAGAGCUGCAGCCAAGGCGGCGGAGAGGGAGGCCCUGUCUUCGACCAGGAUGUCUGUCCUCAGUGUUCCAACACUGGAGAGCGACUCAACCUCCCAAGGCCAGUCUACUUACCCAUCUGAUGUGGAGAGCUUUGCCAGUGACGGAUACAAUGCUGAUAUGGAUAGUUUAUAUGGGUAAGUUGAGAAUUGGUUUUGUUAAUGAUAUAACUUUUGACCUACUUGGUGGUGUUCACGAUAUAACUUUUGACCUACUUGGUGGUGUUCACGAUAUAACUUUUGACCUACUUGAUGGUAUUGAUGGUAAAUAUAAGAAGCUAGCAGCACUGGUUUUUGUUAAAAUUUUGAGGUUAAAAAAAUGUUGAAUUUAAUUAUAGCUGAUGUACACAAGACUAAAAAGAGCUUGGUGAUGUUGCUAGCUAACAAAAAUAACACAUUCAUUCUAAAAUCAAGUCAGCAAGAUGUAACUAGCAAUCACUGUUAAUUCAGGAUAAGCUGCCUUGUUAAUUAGGUCUACUGUGAAACAUCAAGACUAAAAAGAGCUUGGUGAUGUUGCUAGCUAACAAAAAUAACACAUUCAUUCUAAAAUCAAGUCAGCAAGAUGUAACUAGCAAUCACUGUUAAUUCAGGAUAAGCUGCCUUGUUAAUUAGGUCUACUGUGAAACAUCAAGACUAAAAAGAGCUUGGUGAUGUUGCUAGCUAACAAAAAUAACACAUUCAUUCUAAAAUCAAGUCAGCAAGAUGUAACUAGCAAUCACUGUUAAUUCAGGAUAAGCUGCCUUGUUAAUUAGGUCUACUGUGAAACAUCAAGACUAAAAAGAGCUUGGUGAUGUUGCUAGCUAACAAAAAUAACACAUUCAUUCUAAAAUCAAGUCAGCAAGAUGUAACUAGCAAUCACUGUUAAUUCAGGAUAAGCUGCCUUGUUAAUUAGGUCUACUGUGAAACAUCAAAGGCUGUUUGCUCAUGACUUAACUUUAGUAGAAAUCUUCGUUGGGCUGUGUUCUUGGUGCUCCCCAUGUUUACGGUUUUCUUUCAUUCACCAGGUCCAACACUGAGUUAGGAAGACCUGGCAUUCCAGGGUCCAAUGACCUAGAGAGUGCCCUGAAGAGGCUGGCCAUGAGGAAAGCCAAUGAACUCAAUGAGAGGGAUUUCCAUGAAGAGGAAGAGAGGCGGAAACACAAGGAACAAGAAAGUACAAUGUAAGUUGGAAAUGAGCAGAGAUUGUUUUUUUAAGGACAGUUAAAAUCCCUAAUCUAUGAUAAUAAAUCCAGAGUGGAUCUUGUCCGCCCUGCUCUUAUUGCGCACCGCAAUGCACUCUCAUUCGCUGCUUCCCCAAUACAACUAAACACUGUUGGAUGGAUAUUUGGAGCGCCAUAAGCAAUCCUUAUUAUAGAUCAUGCAUGUCUUCCCAUAUUUUAAACAAUAUUGUUGCUUGCGCUGCCUCAGCUAGUAAUUUAAUGUUUCAUAACACUUUAACAUUUAACAGUUUUGUUAUCUUCGCAGUCAUUUAUAUAAAAUUUCCUUUCUAAACCAGCAAGACUUUAAGGCCUCGAUGUGAAAGAAAUAAUCUGUUCUUUUUUUCCCUGUCCAGACUAAUAAGAUAUUUUUUAAACCCAUUUUCUGUCAUUUAGCUUAAAAUUGAACUAGGUGUUUUUUUUUAAAUUUCAGAAUAUAUCCUUUGAUAAGCAUGGAUUAAUAUAAAAUGUCAGCAUGAAUUGAGAUUGCAGACAAAAAUGCACUGUACUCAUAGCUCAUAAAUUUAUGAAAAAUUUAAAACAAUCAAAUAAAUUGGAUUUCAUUAAUCCUUGUUUACAAAACCCAAAUAUUUUGUCAGAUGGAAUGAUGCUUGUAAUGGUAAAAAAAAUUUAAUGUAAACUAUGUGAGGCCUCCUCUCAACUAAGGAUCAAUAACAAUGUUCUCGUGUUCCCAGAAGUGGCUCCACUUCACCAUUCAGUACAAACAGCACUAAAAGUCCUGGGCUAGACUACGCCAGGUCUCCGUCAAGCUUGUCUUCCACCUGGAGCAUCAUGCCGUCAAGCAACCAUUCUUUCAAGAUUUCAGACAAAUUGCAGAUUGUCAAGCCAAUGGAAGGUAUGUCCAUGUUGUUUUUCCACUAAAGUCUUUGACAAAAGCUUCCAUACAAUUUAGAUAUAACUUUUUCUUUGUUGGUAAUAUACCCCUUUGGUAAGUCGGUACAGAUCUAGAAUUUCUAGGGGUCUUCUUUUUUUUUUUUUUAAUUUUGAAUGACCAAAGCAUAUAGUCAGACAAGCAUUUGAGGCAUUAUUAAAGGGUUACAAUUAAAUGUAAACAUAAUACCUACCAGGGGGAGUAAGAAAUUGACUGACAAAUGUUCAGACUUUUUUUAAAAAGUAACUUCAUUAACUCCUUACAGGUGGUAAUAUUGUUUAUAAUAUGCAUCUAUUUUUAAAGUGUUUAUAUUUUUUUUUAAAUAUUAUCUGAAUAAACAUGUCUGAAAGUACUUUUUGUGUACAAUUUUUGUCUACAAUAUUUGCCUCAUUUCUGGAAAAUCUCAAGUACUACCCUGAUGCAAUCAAAUUCAGAUUCUUCUUUCAUAGUAAGAAGAAAAAUGUCUUAUAAUUUAUGAUCCCACCCUACAGGCUCCAUGACUCUCAGGCACUGGCAGCACCUUGCCACACCUACCAUGGGGGGAAUAUUUGAGGAGAGGGACGGUGUACAAAUACGAGGCGAAAAGAAGUUGGACCUGGUGGAGGAAAUGUACUCACUCAGCGAUUUUGAGGAAGAUGGUAAGCUUUAUAUUCGCUUUACUGUGCACUGAACAUAAAUUGAGGGGUGGGGGGGGAUCAGACCCUGUGUGGUGAGGAGCAUUGCAGGCAAUAUUAUUUCAUUGGUUUUUAAUCAUUGUGGAAGUAUCAAGGAUAGUGAUGAACUCUUGACACAGGCUAUACGAUAAAUAAAUGUACUCUGUGUAUGGGAAAAAAGGGAACACUUUAGAAAAUGUUAAAAAACACUAGUAAAUAUUCAUCAAUUUUUAAAAAAAAUUCAACUCAUUUUAGUCCUGACAUACUUGACAAGGACAAUUAGCGGUCCCUGAUAAAAUUUUACAUUAUAUUAUAAUUAAAAUGAAUUUUGGAAUUUAAAAAAUUAAUAGAAAUUUACCAACAGUUUUUAACAAUCUUAAAAAGGAUUCCCUUUUUUCCACCGACACUGUAUAUUUUAAAAUAACUAUUUAAAAUGGUUGAUGAAUUAUUUCUUUUCUCCUAAACAAAAGAGGCUAAAAAAAAAGUAAGCACAAAUAAGAAGGGAAGAAGAAAAAAAGAAAAAAGUUUAUUUUGGCCUUUAAUUACCAUUUAUUUAUUAUUAUUAUUUAGGCAUUCUUGUAUAGCGCUGACCUUACAGCUCUAAGCGCUUUACAAUUAUUAAAAAUAUGUAAACUAUUUAAACUGCUAAAGUAAAAUCAAAAUGAAAAACCAGAGACACUAGAAUAGUAACUACAAUGUGAAAAAUGACUGUAAAAACAGUAGCUAAAUUAAAACGGCUAUAAAAACAAGUUCCCCCAAACUGUGUCAGAGUUUCACCUACUUCUGGUACAGCAAUAAAGACAUUUUGUAUACAGCUUCAAGGCAUGUACAUUAUAUCAUCUUGAGGAGCUGUUGUUGCUGGUCUCACUUGAUAUAACUUUUACUAUGAGCAGCCAUAAAGAUAGGUGCAAAUAAUCUGGUCUCACUUGAUAUAACUUUUACUAUGAGCAGCCAUAAAGAUAGGUUCAAAUAAUCCCAGCCGUUGUAUUACCGGAUAAAGCACUCUUUACACUUCUGUGCAGAUGACCCCAGAGACGUCCACACUCGUAAAGAACAAGACAGCAGCAUGAUUUACACGUUUACAGAUUCAACUGUCCGCAACCCAGGCCCUUACAGAGGACUCGGCACUCUGCAUAAUCUGAAGUAAGUUGGCUACACAUGCACCACAUAAAGAAGAUGUCAGUCAGAGGUGCAGGCUUCUACGCUAGCCUUCUGCUUUGAAGCUUCCUAUGCUGUAAAUUGGGCCAAGAAACAAUCCCCCCCGAAAGGCCUCAUUUACACUUGUCCUCCUCUUGUUCACAAGAAGAUGAGAUAAUAUGGCUUUUCUCUCAACCAGAUACCUGGUUUCACAUGAUAGGAUGGUGAAAUGAACACACACCCACACCCUUUUUUGUUGUUGUUGUUUGUUUUGUUUUGCCUAGGAAGCCCCAUUCAAUAAGCUGUGUACUUUUUAUCACUGUUGGAUUGAGCCAAGUCCACAUAUCCUGCUGGAAUGAGCCAAGUCCACAUAUCCUGCUGGAAUGAGCCAAGUCCACAUAUCCUGCUGGAAUGAGCCAAGUCCACAUAUCCUGCUGGAAUGAGCCAAGUCCACAUGCCCAAUCCAUUUACAGCAGAUGUUCAUAGUCCCUACAUAAGUUGGGGUGAACUUGACCCACAUUUGACACAACAUAUUCAGGGAUGACUUUCAUUUUCUCAUUAUUUUUACGUAGUCCUCAGAAAUUGUUAACACGUCUCAGCACUUAAACAAGGGGCUCUUAACCUCUUUGCAGUGCCGCACUCCCUCUUAAUUUGAUAACAUUUCCCGCACCCCAAACUUGAUUUCAAAACAUUUUUCCCACACCACCCCCCACGAUAAAAAAAUCUAAUAAAAAAGUAAAAGAACCUAAAUAUCUGGGGUGUGGGAAUUCCUGGUUAAGAAUCUCCUACUAAAACAUAAUUUAAAAAAAAUAUUUUUUCCCUAACUCUGUGUGUGUAUAAUAGAAAUCUUUUAAAACUCUGAUUACUUACUUUGAAUACUCUUGGAUAACCAUUUGUCCUAUAUUGCCAGUGUGUCCUCCAGCUCCUCCCUGGUCGCAGAAGAUCUUCCCCUCCACACUUCCAGCCCCAAGCCGGACGCACACCUCCAACAGCCCAGUCACCUCAAGUCGUCUGUCACAGACAACACACAAAGCACCUACAGCAUGUCCCUGGGCCUCGCAGCUCUGUUGCAGGGCAGAGAAAACACGUCCACGGACAGGACUCUUUCGCGUGUCUCUGCGACCAAAAUUAACAGCAACCCACCGACAGCAACCAAAUCUUCGUCGUCGUCCGUCUCGGCCAACCCCAGCUCUGACUUUAACCAGAGGGUCCUUUCCUCAAGAUCCCUGGGCAGCCUUGCGCCAUCCUCAUCACUGUCAACAACACUCUCCAAAAAUUUACCCGGGUCAAGAUCAUUGGAUCCUGUGCUGCACGACGACCCAUCAAGGCACUUAUUCGUAGACCCCGAUAAAAAACCCGAACUGUUCAAACCAGGAAUGACCGGACAAGGUUUCCUGCAGCAGCUCAAGAACAAGGGUUACAGUUUAUAUGGCUUGUGGGGUGGCAAGGGUAAAGAGGACAGCUCAGAUGCCCCUACAGAGAGCAGCGCAGAUGGCGCAGUGGCAAGUGCAAGCGGAGACGGAAGUGGGGCCAAGGCCACUGCCGAGUCAGUCUUCUCUAACGGUGCCGGUGUGGGAGUUUUAGGCGCUCUCACCAACUUUCGUCGCAGCGGAAUCUUGUAGAGGGGGGUGGAAUCAAAGUGUUAUUUUGUUGUGAUUGUAAAUAGGUCAUUUGACAGUGGUGCUCAUGACGGUGUCUAGGGAUGUGCUUUAACGGAGCAUUCAGGGGCACUGAUACUUGUGGCAGUGUUAGGGAUUGUCUCCAAUCAUGCUUUCAGUGACGAUGAUGGUCAUGUCAAUGUCAGAGGAAAACACAGAAAACAGAUGUAAACAAAAUAUAUGAAAUGAAAAGGGUCCAUCACAAUAGUUUUUUCAAUAGGGCAGCACUUAAUUCAGGUCAAUCUGCUAAAUAACUUUUCUGUUGGGUCUAAACUUUAUUUAAUGAUUUUUUUUAAUGAUUGUUUUUAGCUUCAUUUUCAAAAUGCUUUCUUGGUAUACAACUUUCACAGCAAAAUUGUGUUUUGAGAUAUUAAGAUUUAAUUUUAUUAAAUUGUCCUGUACAUUUUCCUCAAGUUUUUAGCCAAUUCGUUAAUGUUAUGAGGACGGUUAGUGUUAAAUCCCUUAAAACUGUUCAAAUUGAUACAGGUAUACAAAUUGUAGACUUGUUAGAUACCCAUUUCUAUAUUUAACAAUUGGAUUUAUUUACAAAUCUGCAAUCUAAAUAUGGUACUCCUUGUCCUUUAUGGCAAUUUUUUUUUCAAAAUAAUAAUGUAUGGUUGCAUUUCCAAUUUUAUUUUGGUGCAAACUGCUGCAGAAAAGAAAUUAAUCUCUUUUCAUUAAAGCAAUCAUGAUUCUUUUUGUUUAUCUGAGGUCACUAAAUGUAUUGAAUUUGAACGAAGAAAAUAAAUAAGUUAAGACUACCGCAUGGAUGAAAACAAAAAGAGUGUUCAUGUUGUAUAUUUGUAGAAAUAAUUUGAGGAUUAUAUAUCUAGCCUGUAUAACGUCUCUGAGUUGGUUGAUGUAGAUGAGAACACAAGAUACUAAAAUACAUGACUGAACUAGAGGAUGUUAUUUCAGUUUCGUUAUUUCAUGGGCAUUGAAAAGAUGAAUGACUAGUAAUUGUUAUAUGAAUGAGUUGAUUCAAUUGUUUAGACCAGGUUUGGUAUUGCUAAAAGUAUAUCACUAAACUGUCACAGAAUAGCACCAGCUCCUUUUAAACCACUGACCGACCAUUUGGUCAUCUACGGUUGUUACUGCAGAAAAGUGUAAAUAUACAGUAGAUGUCUAUUACAAAUCUGUGAUAUAUAUUAGAAUGAUGGCAUAAAAGACACCUAGGGCGGGGAUAUCAUGUUUGAUAACAGAUUGAAGGAUGAUAGGGAAGUGAUAUCAUGCAGUGAGGAUUUAGAGGUGUUGUAAUCCAGAAUUACCUACUUAUUGUCCUAGAAUUUUACUGUAAAUAUUUUUAUAAUAUCGUAAUCUUUUUGGUAUUAUUAUUAUUAGUGGUUUUAUAUAGCUUGGUACCCCAGCCUAGGCUGGGCUCACCACGCUGUACAUACAAUCUAACAAACAAAAUCAUGAGCUUAAAAAAUUAAUUGGCAUACAUUAAUAAAAUAAAACAAAACAAAUGUGUAUCUACUCCACUAGAUGGAUGAUGCUAAAACAACUGCCAUGUGAAUCUGUUGAACUUUCACAGAGGAUUUUAUCAUUUUGAAAAUAUUGUAACUAAACAUGCAUGCCGACAGUCCUAGAGACUGGAACCAUUACUGGAGUACCGGUAAUGUCAGUUUAAGUUACUCUAAAAUUUGUAGGCCCCAAAAGAGAGGAUUAUUUUGAUUCAGGAAAAUUUUACUUUUACCUUUAGAUAAAUAAUUCCAAAAUUGAAAGAUAGGAUUAUUUUGAUUCAGGAAAAUUUUACUUUUAGAUAAAUAAUUCCAAAAUACAUGCAUGUGACUUCAGUGUCUCAAGAUGAAGCUCCUUACAUUAAAAAGUCUCUUUUGUGGUAAAACCCAUGAUCUUGUCAAUGUGCACCUUGCCAGUCUUCUAUAUUCUACAUGUAGUGAUGUAUCGUGUAUGUUGUUUUAUCUCUGCUAAAUGUAUAACUCAUGGAACUGAAUGACUGUGGUUUUUUUUGUGGUUAAAUGAUUGCCACACAAAUUAUUGUUAGUUUAUUUUUUUGUUUGUAAACUGUUUGAAAGGUAUUUUAAAAUUAUAAUUUUUAUUGAUUACAAAUUUGUUGAGGGAAUAAUAGAAACAAACUGUGUCUAGA